AUGAUCGCCAGGAGCCAUGUCUGGUGGCCAGGCAUUGACAAUGACAUUGCAAACAGUGUGAAGAGCUGUGCUACGUGCCAGGCUCAACAUCGAGCUUCCCAGCCAGUGCAGCCUUUUCCUCAGCGACCCUGGUCUAGGCUUCACAUUGAUUUCGGGGGACCAUUUCUAAAGCAUACAUUCUUGGUUAUAGUGGACGCCUUCUCGAAAUGGAUAGAAGUCUUCCCUGUGUCUUCCACAUCAGCAGACGCUACCAUUUUCGCCUUGAGAAUGGCAUUCGCCCAGCACGGCCUCCCCGACACCAUAGUUUCGGACAAUGGUCCUGCUUUUACCAGUGCACAGUACCUGGACUUCUUGACUCGAAAUGGAAUACGCCGCAUGCUGGUACCGCCGUAUCACCCUGCGUCCAACGGUGCCGCAGAGCAAGCAGUACAGACUGUCAAAAACAAACUCAAGAAAUCUGGGUCGGGCAACUUCCAAACACAACUGUCCCGGUUCUUAUUCCACUACAGGACUACACCUCGCAAAGUAACGGGUCGGCCACCAUGCGAACUCCUUACUGGCAGAGCCUUCAAGACACCGUUGGAUGUCUUGCGGCCAAGCCUGCAGAUGUCGGUACUUCUAAGGCAACUUAAGCAGAAGUUGUAUGCCGACAGAGGAUCCCGGUAG